UGCAGCAAGUUCUUCCUGGAGCACGGCGGAGGUCACGAGUCAUGUGACAGCGGCUUGACAGGCGGCUGGAGAGAGGCGAGCGAACUGCGGGGACACCCGGGCAGGUCGCCCCAGGCUGCAGCGCGCGCGGGCGUGCAGAUUGAUCCUGCGAGAGGAAGGGGUUCAUCAUGGCGGAUGAUCUAAAGCGAUUCCUGUACAAAAAAUUGCCAAGCGUUGAAGGGCUCCAUGCAAUUGUUGUAUCAGAUAGAGACGGGGUGCCUGUUAUUAAAGUGGCCAACGACAGUGCUCCAGAGCACGCCCUGAGGCCUGGCUUCUUAUCCACCUUUGCCCUCGCAACAGACCAAGGCAGCAAACUCGGACUUUCAAAAAACAAAAGUAUCAUCUGUUACUAUAAUACCUACCAGGUGGUUCAAUUCAAUCGUUUGCCUCUGGUCGUGAGUUUCAUAGCCAGCAGUAACGCCAACACAGGACUAAUUGUCAGCCUAGAAAAGGACCUGGCUCCGUUAUUCGAAGAGCUGAUAAAAGUUGUGGAAGUGUCUUAGUCUAACGGUGGUUUUGAUACGUGCUAUGUCUUCAUUGCAACAACACUGUAGCAGUCAGCAAUCUGUAGACCACAGUAAUACUUUAUCUAUCUAUUCAGAGGCCGCUUUUCCACCUUAAACUAAAGAAGAGCCUAUAGCUAUAAUUUAUAGACAGAUCAAUUGUUGUAUUUAUGUGUAUAAAGUCUUCUCUUACUUAGUGAGAUCUGGGAACCCCACAAAAAUGGUUCAUUCUAGUGCAGCUCCCAUGGAGUUAGUGUGGAUGCCUGAUAGUGGAUAGUAUUCCAUCCAGCACAUCGGGAUCUGAACGGUACACUGACGCUCUGGGGGCCAGCAAGCGCACCUGCUGCACGGUGCUCCCCGCACCUGCUGCACAGUGCUCCCGCUCCACAAGCCACAGAGACUCUUUUCCUAAGAAUAAUAAUGAGGACAUAUUUUUCUUAAGAUUAUAUUUUAUUUCUUUGCAUUGAGUGUGAGGAAGAUGAAUGGCUUAGUACAAAUAAUACAUAAGUACAAUCACUAACUUUGCUCUGUAUGUGGUCUCAGUGUAGAUGAGUAUUACCGGUGGAUUUGAUCUUCGAGGGUGCUGCUCUUCAGUGAGAAAGAAAAUCACUGCUCAUGGUUUCUCUUCUACUUUCUGUAACAGUGCUUCCACAAUUGUGUUCUCUAUACAUUGGAAAUGCCGUGUUACUGAAUUCUGUUUCCCAUAUCAGUAUGUAUAUAAAAUGACAGUAUAGCCAUUUUCAUACACAAAUACAAAUAAAAUAGUAUUUUUAAAAA